AUGCUGACGGGCCGGAGUGAGAGUGUCAUUAUAGCUACGGCUGUGUUCCUGGGUAUCUCUUUUCUAACCUUCUGUCUCCGGUGCUACGUUCGCUUCGGUCUCAUGCGCGUUGCGGGGUGCGACGACUACCUGAUGGUGGCGGGUAUGAUUUUCAACAUCGGUCUUGCAACGAGUUCCAUAUUAGGUGCUACAUACGGGAUUGGUCGCCCAUUGAUCUACUUUGAAAAUCGGCGAAGUGAUUUUCGGCGUGCGUUGCUGUGUUUCUGGGUUGGGCAGCUUUUCUAUUGCUUCGCGUCGGUGCUCGUCCGACUAUCAAUCACCAUCACCCUGUUACGGCUGGCCGUUCAUAGGCUACAGCGUCGGAUCCUGUAUGGCGUAGCCAUCCUCUCAACCAUCGCAGGACUUAUCUUCUUUUUCUUUACCGUCUUUUUCUGCAAUCCGGUUGUGCAUCAUUGGGAGAGAGCGAAACAUCAGACAUCUUGUACAGAGGUAGAUUACCUGCUGGGGGUAGGAUACACGUACAGUCUCGUAGCAGCUGCUUGCGACUUUACCAUCGGUAUCCUGCCUUACUUUAUGAUUGGAAAAUUACAAAUGGAGUGGAAGUUAAAGAUGGCUGUGAUUGCCCUUCUAUCUAUUGGAUGCCUCGCCGGCGCCGCUGUGAUCGUUCGGAUUCCUUUUCUGCAUAUGGCUGCGAGUGGCGAAUUUCUAUAUCGGAGCACGCAGAUAACUAUUUGGUCAAACAUCGAGACAAGCCUGGGGAUCACUGCAGGGAGUCUGAUGACAAUUCGUCCAUUUUUACGGGCAAUUGGACGGGUGAGCUUGAAAUAUUUAACUUGA